AACGCAAAGAGAUUGUCAUAUGACCAAUAAUAAACUCAUCACCAGAUCGCUCUGGAACUUCCUGAUUUUAGGAGAAAUUGACAAUAAAGAACUUUCACAAAGAGCCUCGAUGUUGAAUGAUCAUGCCGGGUGCUGAUGAACCAAUGAUUUACUCGACUGGAGGACAGGUGGAUGAUAUGACCACCGCCCUCAUAGAUGCUGCACAUGACAAGGAUGCAAGCGUCCGUGAGGCUGUCAGCCUUGCUCUACUUGAUCUUGGCAAGAAACAGACACCAUUGGUCUUGAGCUCCUGUCAUGCAUAUCUGAUGAAACAUGCAAAGCUUCCCCAGGGACACCGUGUCUGCAUCCUGUCGGCUAUGGAGAGAAUCAUUAAAGAAUCCAUUGACAACAUCAGUGAACCUCUUGCUAUUGAUAUAAUCAAACAAGCAUCAGAUGAACUCACCAAAUCAAAGGAGGUUGUUCCUGACUGGCAGACAGCAGCGAGUGGUGUUUUGGUUGCCAUUGGGAAGCGUUACUGUAAUGAAGUCAUGGAGGAAUUGUUGUUAAAGUUCCAGCCUGGUGCUCUGCCUCAUUUCUUCAUUGUGCAGACAAUUGGGAAUCUUACCACUGCAAAUGUGUUUGGGAUCGUGCCAUUCUUACGAGUGAUACUCGGGACGAUGCUGCCUAUGUUGGGGAUGUGCAAACAUGACAACCUGAAGUGGGUCUUCUCAGCUGCACUGUCAAAGUCCUGUGAGGCUAUCCUGGACUAUGUGGCCAACUUGGAGAAAGCACCAGAUCCAACUGUGACAAAAGAUGCAUUUUCUACGGAGAUUUAUUCAGCUUAUGAUAUGCUCUUCAACGUAUGGCUACAGUCCAAGGAAUCCAAGCUCCGCCUUGCCAUUGUUGAAGCAGUAGGCAUCAUGACGCAUAUCAUGACACGUGACAAACUGGAGGAGCAGCUCCCCCGACUCAUCCCUGGCAUCCUUGGCUUGUACAAGAAACAUAACGAAGCAUUCCACAUCACCCAGGGUCUCUGCAGCGUGAUGGAAGCAGCUACAGCAGACGGGAGUACCAUCCUCGAGCCACAACUAGAGAUGCUUGUGCAGCACCUCUUCCCUCAGAUUUGCCAGGCCCCCGAUUAUAACAAUGCCAUGUCAAUCAAGAACCACAAUGAAGUUCUCCGCUGCUUUGCUGUUCUCACGAGGUCAUUUUCUGAUCGGAUAGUUGGAUUCCUCUUACAGAAGCUUGAGAACACACAGGACAAGAUCAAGAUGGGUGCCUUAUUGGUACUGAGGCAUAUCAUCAAUUCUGCAGGUCCCCACAUGGAAAACAAACAGGCUCUCAUCUUGUCUGGCCUGAAGAUGUUGUUGGGCGAAACAAACAAUAAGGUAAAGAAGAAGUUUGCUCAAGUUGUCAUAGCGAUGGGAGACCAUGGUUACUUGGAGCUUGAAGGUGGUCAGCUGAUGGUGGAGUUUAUCGUCAAGCAGUGUUCCCUGCCUCCAGAACAGUUGGCGAAGCGUCCAAAUGAUCCAGAAUAUGUGACAAAUGAUGAGCUUAGGAUGAUGUGUCAAAAUGUGCUACAGCUCGUGUCAACUACUGUUGAGAGGAUGGAAGUGGUGUUAUGGCCGUAUCUACUGGAGUGUGUCGUCCCCAUGCAGUAUAUCGAUGCGAUGGCGUCAAUAUCCAAGAAUAUUGCUUUCCUUGCUGGGAAGAAGAGAGAUGAGAAUGCAGAGGAUUAUAUGAUAGAUUUCGAAACACAAGUAAACAUUCCAAAACCCACAGCAUUGAUUUCAAGGUUCAUGGUGAUGGUAGGCUGUCCUCUAACUGGUAACAACCGAGGGCCUCAUGUUUUGGAAGCCAUGAAAGCCUUGUCACCAAACCUUCAUGAAAAUCUAGUUGUAUUAUGGGACACUGUCAUUCCAAAGCUUAUCCAGUUCUUAGAAGAUGCUGCUGAGGAUGAGACAAAAUGGUCUCAGAAAAACUGGGAGGAUUUAUUACUGAAGAUGUUAUCCAAGUCUCUUGAUGAAGUUGACAGUGAGGAUUGGGUGUGCGAGCUUGGGGAGUCGAUGGGUGAACAGAUCCAACUGUACUACAACGCGCCUGAAGAGAAGAAUUUCCUCUAUAAGUGUUUGGGUGUGGUGAUGCGAAAGUCAACCAAGAAAGACUUCGUUAGCAAAACUUUGGACCUGGUCUUCAGCACUGUGAAACACAGUAGUCAGGUGGAGCGGGAGGGCUGUGCAAUAUCGAUGGGGUUUGCUGCCUCGUCACAUAUUGAUACAGUCCUUACGAAACUGGAGGGCGUGGCCAGGACAGACAUAGCGAGGAAAUCAAGUGGAAUCAUGGGAUUCUUCAAGGACCUCAAAGAUUCAGGAGAUGCAGGAACAGAACAAAUGAAAUCGACACUGAUGUUGUGCUAUGGCUAUGUUACUUUGUAUGCACCUCCCAACUUGAUCGUUUCUAGAAUAGAAGCCAGCAUCCUUAGGACUAUCAACCCUCACUUCACAUCAGUCAAAGAUAUAUCCGUGAAGCAGAACCUAAUCCGAGCCAUUGACCUGAUAGGGAAAGCCCUCCAUCCGACCCAUCUACAGACCCAACACAUCUUCUCCAAGAGGGGCGAACUACUUUCAUACCUAACGAAUUACCUUAAGUCUGAAACAAUCCAUGCUCUGACAUCGGAGACAAGAGCUUUAGCGCUAGCGGCCUGUGCUACACUUGUUAAAUUGGACCCGAAACUUAAUGAGGCAGAUGUGUACGACUUAAUGAAAACCUCCAUUGACUGUGUCUACCAACUGCCACCAGAUGGCAUCCCGACCAAGAAAGCCAAGGAGAUGGAAUCGUAUGAUGAGCAUCUUGAGAAGGAGGUAUUGAUGGAAGCGACACUUGAAGCCUUGAAUGACUUGUUACGUCAGUUGCUGUUAAAGGAUACAACCCCUAGUGGCCUGGAGGAAAUAACAAAGCAUUUAACACCCUGGCUUCUGAGUGUGAAUGACCAUGAGAGAGACCGGGCCAUGACGGGCAUGCACACACUACUGAACACCUACCUGGAGAACAUGAAAAUGGGGGUGGGGCUAAUGAUGACAUCCGUCACUCCAGACCGUCUGCCUGAGCAUUUCUCGGAUGCAGGUGCCCUGCUGGCUCGCCUGGCUCCCCGAUGCACCGAUCCUAGUCUCCUAGUCAGGCAAAUGGCCAUAGACUGUGUCCAGGUCAUACUGAAGAUACUACAGAGAUAUGAAGGCCAUCCUGAAGCCCACAAGGAUCCCAUGGUUGAUGCGUUGCCAACACUGAAGGAAAGGUUAAAGAAAGGAGAGUCUAAUGUUCUCUUCAGCGUCAUAACUGAUUUAUCAAAGGUUUUCAAUAAGAAACUCCCCCAUGACCAGUUGGUGCCCUUCACAGAUGUCCUCUAUGAAGGUCUCCUGGACGUGCAGUCUCACAGUUCAUCAGGAGCAUGCGUUGUUCUUAAUACUGUCAUCAAAUCUAGAGGUGGAGAAUUAUUCCAACAUGUCGACCGGGUGAUCCGUACUCUGCAUGAAAACCUUGGUCACGUCCAGUUUGGCCAGACAAGGACCGGAACGCUGAGAGCCAUACGUGUUCUCUCGGCCCAUCACCUUGUGCCUGCUCUUCAGACACUCAUGUCAUUUCCACUGCCUUUUGACGAAGGUUUAAAUGAAAUCUGGCAGACGAUAGCCCAAGAUGGUCAGCUCUUACAGCAUAUCAUUGACCACAUCCUGGACAUGAUGAGUCGUACUCUGCCGUACGAGGAACGCCCUGAUCCUAAAGACAAGAAGAAGAACGUGAAAACAGCCACCAUUCCUCCACUGGCUGCAACCAGUGGGUUAUGUCAGAUGUUCAAAGUUGAGGAGUCCCAGGAAAAAGUGGCCAAAAACUUCCAUCGCUUAUUCUCGAUGUAUGUGGUACUGAUGGGUGCUAUGGUGGAGACAAAGCCACCUAAGAUCAAGGAUGAAUGGAAAGAGCAAAGUAAGAAGGACAAGAAAGAGAAAAACAGGAGCACUAGUUUUGCAGAAGCGAAAUUUAAGCCAGUCAGCAUAGUUGUCGAGUCGUUCCACCAGUUUCUGACUCGAUGUGGAGCCAAUGAGGUGUUGGACAUGCUGGACCAGGAAGGAGCGUGGGAGGCAUUUGAAGAUGAAGAGAAGUAUCAGGAAGCCUACACAGUAUUAGCCAGGGCGAUUUCGCAAUUUGAGGCCGCACAAAUGUCCAAUAUUGUGGCGAGUCUGAAUUGCAUAUUAUCAAGUCCUUAUGAAAACCAACGAGUUGUUGUGGCUGCAUUCUUUGCUGAGCUUAUCAACCAGAGAUGCAGCGGUGAUAUGACCCUGGUUGAGCUACUCAUGAACAGCCUGCUGGGACGUCUCGUCGAUGCCAACCAAGUCGUCAGGAUGUUGUGUAUUCGAGGCCUUGGUAAUGUGGCCAGUGUUGGAGCGGAACAGGUGCAGAAGUUCUCAACGACUGUCCUAUCAGCGAUGAUGGCUGGUAUGGACGAUAAGGAAGACCCCGAGGAUGACAUCACCCUGGAGGCGAUGAGUGGACUCUCCAAGAUACUCUCGCAGAUUGAUGAGUCGAACAUACGUGCAAUCCUUAUCAAUGUGGCACUCAGGAUACGACCUUGCUUUGAGAAGGACAAAGAUGCAGUACGAGCCGCUGCCUUCACCUUGUUCGGCAACCUGUCCCGGUUUGGUGACGGACCAUCAAAGGCGCCGUUCCUGGAGCAGAUCCACACCAACUUCAUCAGUCUGUUGAUGCAUCUGAAUGAUCCAGAUACGGAGGUCACUAAGUCGUGCAAAUAUGCUCUGCGCCUGCUUGGCCCUCUGAUCGCCUCAGAUGACAUCAACAACAUGUUCCAGAAGUUCCUCUUGGACAACGCCCAUCUGCAUUAUGGAGAAUUCAUGAAUGACCUUUCCAAGGUUAUAAUCCGUGACUUCCCUGACAAGGUCAACUUCUAUGUGAUGGGCAGCGCAUCCUUCUUCAAGAGUUUGUGGCCCGAGAUUCAGAGCAACGCUGCAAUGUUUGUAGGCUUUCUGCUGGGUAAUCUUCCCAAAGAUAAAUAUGGAAGCAUCUCGAAGGAGCACGUCUGUGGAGCUUUGACAAUCCUCCUGAAGGAUGAAUCCCUGUCUGUGCGAUGCAAAGCGGCAGAGGCUAUGAGUCUACUGUAUGACUUCUAGAGGCUACGAGGAGAUUGUGCGGCUUCAGAACCAUUGCAAGUCCCCGCACUUCAUAGGACAAACAAAGAUGUCACCUACGAGGGCAACAUCAUUACUUACAUAGGAACUGCUCAUGGGUUGGAUAGGUGCUGUGAACUUUGAAAAGUUGUGAAUUUAUCGGCAACUUGCUGUUGCAUAUUUGGCAUGGACAUGUAAUAAAGAAAAUGUCGCCCUUUUCUGGAGCAAUUUGUACUUUUCCGAGCCUCGAAAUGUGAUAUCACCCUUGGCUUUGGACAGUUUAGCUUGUGCUUACAUGCUUUGUGGUGCUAUACAUCGUAUAUGCAGUUCUCAAAUUAUUUGUAGUAUUUCAGUUGACAUGUACUUAUGGCCAUUCAAUUGUCUUCUUACCAACUGAUCAUUCAACAAGGAGGCCCUACCUCCACAGAGUGUUUCAUGUCGCAUGUUAUGGCCAUGCCAUGUUGCCCACAAACAAUUAACUUGUGCUUGAUAUGCAUAAUGAAACACUUAUGUGGAGAUAGGCCUAAAGCCAUAGGCUGAAAAUCCUUCUUUGUCAUGUUUUACAUUUAAGACCACACAUGAACAAGCUCAAUUCAUAUCAUUGCAUUUUACACUGAGUUUUGAUGUUAUUUUGAUGUUGUCUCAGCAGUCUGGUGAAAAACCGAAUCGCUGCAGAAAUUAAAUGUUUGGGACCGUUGAUCCUUUAGUCAUGAUGAAUGUUGGAAUUAUGUACUUAAUUUGAAUCUUCUGAGAACGUCUGUAGCUAUUUUUCAUUAAUGAUUUGCCUCCAGUUGAGGGUCAUUUCAAGCAGCUUUGGUGCAACAGUAAUAUCACAUUGAAAGUAUUGAUUAUGUAAACAAUACUACUCCAUGAUACGUGGAAUGCAUAUUCCACAGCUUUAGGGGUUCUCCAGAGCCAUCUCUGUAACAAGGGUCAACUGAGUGAUGCUGUAUUUCCGGUAGUAUUUGUCUCAGUUAGACCGGGAUAACUUUGAAAUUGUCGUGUUAAGAUAGAGACCCCAUGUGUCCCGCCCAAAAUAUUGGCAGAUACAUAUAGCUGGGGGUCGGACAGUAGGCUUAUGUUGGGUCGAGACAAAACUGUACACUAGUCUUGCUAUAAUUGUCUCCAUAUGGGCAAGAUAUUCUCUGUUUUGUUUUAGCUUUUGAUGAUGAUAAUUAUUGUGUGAAUGAUUGUGAUACCAUUUAAAUGCUU